AUGCCGAUGUCUCAAUUCUUCUUGUGCUCAAUUAAACCAGAUCUUCAGACCAUGGAAUAUCUGUGGAUCGUUUUGCUACUGCAAACCGUCUCCAUAGCUGCUGAAUGUGUUGCUGAUAGCUGUCUCCUCGCACUUCGCUCAACACCACACAUCUCUGGACGCCAUGCCGCUGCCCUAGAUUUCUGCACUGCAUAUCUUCAAGACCCGACUGUUGUCGUGCCAGAUGAGACUAGAAUAGCUUGUAAAGACGAAAACAAUGUGAUCGACGAGCAACGCAUCGCUAGUGCUUGCGCGUGUGAGUUUGCGCCAACGGAGACAAGACCAACAUUAGUUACGCCGGCUCAAAUAACCUCGCCGCCCGCGGUUGCGGAGGACAGCUUUGUCGAGCCUUGCGCGCUUGUCAGCAGUUCGUCCGCUGCACAAGUAGCUACAGCUCCCUCUGCUUGGCCAACUGUCUCCGCACAGCUUGCCUAUGAAUGCCUGAACUCGAUACCCCUCAACAAGACAGCUGCUAUAGAUUUUGUUGACUCCAUCGAGCCAUACCUUGAAUGGCAGAGUGAUUUGGCAUGGAAAAAGGAUCCUCCAGCAGAUUACGAUUGUCCUGCCCACGAUAUCAUCGCCGCCCUAGACCAAGUCCGGAGAAACUUAGUUGCAAACAAAUAUGCAAACGAGUAUGUAUUUCAAAUUGAUCUGUAUCGAGUCUUCCUGAAAGGUUGUGACGGCCAUUUGGUCAUAUUCCCUGAUGCCAUAAGUAAGGGAUUUGCAUUUCGUCGUGAGCGAUCUUUGGUCUCCGUUAGCGAGGACGGACGAUCGCUUCCCGUCAUUAAGCUAUAUGAUGAUGUUUAUAACUCGCCGGGAAAGGGGUCAGUCGUCACCGAAAUUAAUGGCAUUGAAGCCUCAACAUUUAUCUCCCAGCGCGGCAGUGAAGCUACUAGUUAUCGAGAUGCCGAUGCGGUAUACAACAGCAUGUUCUAUAACAGAGGAUCCUUUGCCGAAACUGGCGAGGCAGGCUACUUCUGGGGAGGUGGUCGUCUUCAAUAUAUCUACCCGGGUCCUACCACAACACUCACCUUUGCCAAUGGAUCAUCGAUUAUCCUGGAAAAUAUCGCUAUGGUUUUGGCAAACUUUAGUGAUGUGGCCAAUGGGCAACAGUUUUAUGAUAGAUUUUGUGCAAUCGAUGUUGAUUAUGAUGAAGAGGAAGAUUCAGCUGUUACAUCUUUUUCCCAUUUUGACUCCGUCUAUCCACAACCCGUAAUCGCGACUAAUGAAUCUAUGUUAUCCGGACACUAUCUAGAUGGGCAAGGAUAUGAGGACGUAGCUGUCCUAACUGUUAUGGCUUUUGACCCACAAUCUGUAACCCAAUUUCAGGAAGUUGCACAACAAUUUCUAGUAGAUGCAAAGAGAGAUGGUAAGACCAAAAUCAUCAUAGAUUUGAGUGCCAACGUUGGUGGAUAUAUUUUACAAAGUUACGACUUGUUUCGACAAUUUUUUCCAACCAUUGAACAGGAAGGAAUUAGUCGCUGGAGGGCCGGAAAAGCUUUCAUGGCUAUGGCCGAUAUAUUUGCUACUAAAUUAGAUAAGUUCGAUCCUGCUAUUACCACUGACCAUCAGAUUCCAUGGAAUAUUUCAUGGUUUAGCCACCAUUUUGAUUUAGAUGCGAGCAAAAAGCCAUUUCGGAGUUUCGAUGAUAAAUUUGGUCCGUACCAAGUUAAGGGUGACAAUUUUACUAACACCAUUCAACAUAACUUGAAUGAUCCUUUCUUCAGUUCCAUUGACAUUCACCCCUUCAGCUCUGUUACUGGAUAUGGAUCCCGCCGGAACUUCACGCAGCACUUUGAAGCAAACAAUAUCAUUUUGCUCCACGAUGGAAUCUGCUCAUCUGCCUGCCACAGUUUUUCCAAAUUUAUGCGGGAUCAAGCAGGAGUCAAAUCUAUUGUCGUAGGAGGUCGGCCCAAAGAAGGUCCCAUGCAGGGGGUAGGCGGAAAUAAGGGAGCCCUGUCUCUCAGUUGGAAGGAAAUUUUCAAUUGUGCACAAGAAGCGUUACAAAAUGCUUCGGAAGCCCAAACAGAAGUUUUGAAAAAGCUGACACCCGUUGCCAUACAGAGAACCUACAGUGGUAACAUCAACGCUCAGGAUUUUAUCUCCCGGAGUCAUCUGGGCGAUGGGCUCCCAGCUCAGUUCGUCCGAGAAGACUCAGACUGUAGAAUGUUUUAUACAGAAACGAUGAUAAAUGAUGCCACUGCUCUUUGGAAAGCUGCGGCCGAUGCAGCAUUCAAUGAAAAAGGAUGUGCUUAUGGUAGUCUUCCGAAAAGGGUAUAA